AUGGGCAGCACGACGGACUGUGAGGUGCUUGUCGUGGGUGCCGGUCCAGUCGGUCUCCUUACGAUGCUCUUUCUCGCCAAAGCAGGCAUCAACGUUAUCUUGGUCGAGAGCUUGCCUGAUGUUGAUAAAUCGCCUCGAGCAAUGGCAUACGGUGCUCCAGCAAUCGUCGAGCUCGAGAGAGCUGGCGUGGCGGCCGAAGCACGUUCGGUUGGGAUGGUACCUUCCGACUACGAUUUUCGUUUGAGAUGGAUCACCAUCGAUAACAAAACGCUCGGUGAGUUCCGCUCAGAGGACAGGAUUCCUGGCUCCUUCGACGCAGUCCUCUGUGGACAAUAUGAACUUGCCAAAAUCAUGAAGCAACACGUGAGCCAGUAUCAAAAUGCCAGUAUCCUUUUCAACCACAAAUUAUCAAAUAUCAAGGAGGUAGAAGGCGCUCUGAUUGCAACAGUAGAAACGCCUGAGGGCAACAAGGAGAUCUCAGCAAAAUACCUUGCGGGCUGUGACGGUGGACGAUCAACGGUCCGAAAACUCCUGAACUUGACUUACGAUGGCUUCACUCUCCCACAGUGGCUGGUCGCCUGCAACGUUCGGUAUCCCUUCAGAGCACACGGCUUCGACCGCUCCCAGUUCAUUGUCCACCCAGACCAUUUCUGUCUCGUCGGCAAGAUAGAUCCAACCGAUCUCUGGCGCGUCUCGUACGCCGAAAAGCCAGAUCUGACCAGAGAAGAAGUCUUGGCCAACGUCCACUCGAAAUUCGAGGCUAUCUUUCCAGGACCCAAGCCGUUGCCCAAAGACGCGUACACGGUCGAGAUAGUUAGCCCGUACCGCAUCCACCAGCGAUCUGCACCUUCAUAUCGAAAGGGCCGGGCAUUUCUGGCGGGCGACGCGGCACAUGCCUGUUCGCCGUUUGGAGGUAUGGGUCUGACCACGGGCAUCUGCGACGCCGGGGGACUGGCCGACUGUCUCAUCGGCGUCCUUCGAAAGGGCUGUGACGAUUCCUUGCUGGACAGGUACGCAGACAUCCGAAGACAGAAGUAUCAGGAUAUCACGAACAAUGUCAGCUACAGCAACACUUGUCUGCUGCGAGACACCGAUCCGGAGAAGGCUUCGGAACACGAGUUCUUCAGGAUGAUGAACAGCUCGACGGAGGUCAGGAGGGAGAUGCUGAAAAGCGCGUACAUUCUUGGGUGA